GGGUGUGUGGCUGUGUAAUUCGGAUCUGGGUCCUGAUGGGCGUGUGGUCCAGAUGUCUGACCCCUCCCUCUGCUCGGGCAGUACAGCGGGCAGCUGCAGCGGGCCCUACUCUCUACUGCCCCCUAUCGGCCGCUCCCAGAACAGCAUGCUCACCAUGGGACCCCGCAGCUGCUCAGACGGGUACCUUGCCCAGAUGGAGAAACACAGACACGCUAAAGCAGCAUAUAAGGCGUACACCCUGAGGGACUACCAGGGCCUGAAGCAGCAGGGGAAGAUGGGAGGUCUGGGGCCCAGCACCGACAUCACACAGGAGACGGUUGAGAAGGUGCGUCGUCAGAAGUUGUAUUCGGAGGUGAUCCGCCAGCAGAAUAAGCAGAUCAGCCGGAUCCCCUUCCUGCCCGCUCACAAGCACAACGCAGCCGACACCGCUGACAAGGACGCCCCUACUCCCCGGAGGAAGGCUCUGGAGUACGCCAGGAGCAUCUCCAAGCCCAAGGUGUCCCCGCGCGUGAAGAGGGACGGCCAGGAGAAUAACACGCCAGCUGCGGGGACCGCAGUGGGGACAGGAGCGGCAUCGGUGGCAGGGACUGGGACGAGCGCUGUGGCAGCAGCGACAUCAGUGGCGGUCCCGGAGCGGGUCCGGCUCAUGGCCGGCGUGGACUCGGCCCAGUUGAGUCAGCUGGAGUCUCUACGCCGCCGACACGAACAGGAGAAACAAGCAGUCGCCCAGCUCAACGCAAUUCCACAUCUAAUAUUGAUCAUACUGUGCCCCCGACAAGAUGAAGAAAGCCGUAUGGUUUUGUAAAUUCAGCAAUUAAGUAUUUGUCUUUAUGUGAAAUGUGUGAGAAAAAAGUGUGUAAUAGAAAUAUUUUUGCUUGAUUAGCUUGGUUCCCACAUCACAGUACUUAACCAUUGUCCUCAGGCCUUCCUCAUGUUUUGUGUAUAUGAAUAAAUAUCUAAUAAAUAUCUAAUAAAUAUCUAUUUUAUAGUUUGA